AUGAGGCCCUACAAGUCCAUCAACGAGCUGUGCCUCACGGGUGGUUUGGGACCAAUGUCCCGCAUGUGGGGGACUACUCUUGACAACGUCGAGGAGGUCGAAGUUGUUACGGCCAAUGGGACAAUCCUCCGGGCCAGCAACAAAGAGAACUCUGACUUGUUCUUUGCCAUGAGAGGAGCUGGAUCUGGAUUUGGCAUCGUCACCGAGUUCGUCAUGAAGACUCAUCCGGCACCACCAGCUGUUUUGCACUUUAGUCAGAACUUUAUGUACCGCAACCUUGAAGAGAUGGUCGACGUCUUCCACGACUGGCAGCGAGUCGUUGCCAAUCCUGCCCUAGACCACCGCUUCAGUACUGAAAUAGUACUGGCCCCUCAGGUUGUCCGUAUCUUGUCAACAUGGUACGGCAAGAAGACAGACCUUCACGAGACUGGCAUUCUUAAUAGACUACCUGUGGGCGGCUCAACGACAUUCCACCAAGAGCGUUGGGAUAGCUCUCUGAACUUCCUCUCCACGCAAGAGUCCCUUCACAGCCCGAACAUGGCCAGUAAACUUCACUCCAAGAGCCUCGGCUUCAACCGCCAAGACCUGCUAUCCAAGGCGGACAUUGCAGCCGUGUUCAAGCAGCUCGAAAAGCAGCGUAAGGGCACUGACACCUGGUCCAUCAGGUUUCAAGCAGUCGGUGGCGCCAUUUCGGAUGUCCCCACUGCCAGCACAGCAUAUGCUCACCGCGACAAUGUGAUGCUUUACCAAUCGUACUCAGCGCACGCUUCCAAGAAAAUCAAGGAUCUCCUAGACAACUUCCACAGAACGCUAUUGAAUACUGCACCCGGGGCGUCUGGAACGUACCCAGGCUUUGCGGACCCGGAGCUGAGGGAUGCGCGGCGCUCGUACUGGGGAGCCAACCUUCCAGCUCUCGAAGAAAUUAAGGCUACGUGGGACCCGGAGAACAUCUUCCAAAACCCCCAGAGUGUUGUAUCAAGGGCUUAG